AUGGGCGAAGCGGAGAGCUCGGCGGCGACGGUGGCGGCAGACGCGGGGUUGAAGGCCCCCUGCCCGGCCGCAGGGCCUGCGGCGCCCGUGUCGUCCGAGCCCGCCCCGCAAGCGGCGCCCGAGGAAGCGGCUUCGGCGGCGUCGAGCGUCUCCUCAGCGGCCUCGGCGAUGACCGUCAUGACGGCUGCGGCGGCUCCCCCUCCUCCUCCGCCGCCGCUGCCGGUGCCGGUGGUGUGGAGCCCCGAGGUGGAGGUGUGCCUCUUUCACGCCAUGCUGGGCCACAAGCCCGUCGGUGAGGAGAAGGCGGCGGGUGGGGGGAUGGGGCGUAGGCCGCGGAACGAGCCUCGGGCUCGAGUAGAGGCGCCGGCCGCGGACGAGAGCGCUGAAGGCGGGGUGACGCCUGUCAGGAGAAAGGGCAUAUAGAGAGGGGUGGGGGGACGGGACACACACGCCAUAUAGGCUGUGAAGCGCCCUGACAUCUGCGGGUGAAGGGCGGUGUGCAAAUGUAAAGAUAUUAUUAUUAUUAUUAUUAUUAUUAUCAUCAUCAUCAUUAUCCAUGGAGUGCCCUGGAAGCCAUUUCCUGCACCCUCCUUCUAAAAAAAAAGUACAUAGACUUAAAAUGGUUCGAUCCCUUAGUUGUGAUCUUUUAUACCCUGAGGUGGUUAAAGUGCUCUUUUAACAUUCGUUUUACAAAAUAGCGCUUUCCCCCCUCUUUUUUUACCCAGAAUUAAUGCUCACUGUGUUCAAUAGGGCUGGAUUCCUCCUACCUGCAAGUGUGCUUUGAGCUUGCAAACACUCAUUUACCUAGUUUAAGAUGUAUGUAGCCCCAUCAUGGAUGCUUUGGUUGAGAUUCCUGCAUUUCACAGGGUUGGGCUAAAUGACCUUUAGGGAUACCUUCCAACAUUAUAAUUCUAUGAUCAGCAUGAAAGAUAAAGGGCAUUAAGAUGGGUCCCUGCCGCCAGGACUUCGCAGUCCGAAAUAAUCUGUGUUAGUGCAAGGAAGGGCAUAGGGUGGGACCAGAUUUCAGUUAUCAUUUAUAGUGCCGUCAGGGCGCAUAGUGCUUUACAGGAUUUUAAUCAAGUCUUUCAAAAAAAGACAAAACACACCCCUCUCUCUGUAUGUUUUCUCCUUCUCACUCCCUUCUGCCAUUCCAGGUGUGAAUCGCCAUUUUCACAUGAUCUGCAUCCGAGAUAAAUUCAGCCAGAAUAUCGGGAGGCAGAUUUCUUCCAAAGUCAUCUGGGACCAUUUAAGCACCAUGUAUGACAUGCAAGCGCUGGUAAGUGUCACCAACCAAUAAACUGAGGCCAGUGCCUGAGAUGCUCCUGCUCCACAGGUCAGAGGUCCAAUCCGUAUGUGCAGAUGUACCACAAGCAGAAUCGGGUACCGUUGUGUCCCCUAUUAGUGCAUGAGCUCCUGAUUAAAGGGAAACAAUUUGCCGUGUUGUUGAUCCUCCCAUUCCCUCUGUACGUGCAGAUAAAGCCUAAGGGAGAUGAUCUCUUGUGAACGGCUUUUUCCUGCCUUCAGGUGGAUUCUGAGGCAUCCAUCUGGCCUGUGGAAGCUGCUCACACCGAGUCCAACACCCAAAAAAGCCAUGGUCAUGUUUGGUUUGAUGCUCUGGUCCUGGCAACUUGUGAUAGGGUUACAGUGUGCAUUAUGUCCUAAAUCUUUGCUAUCCUUGUUAGCAUGGUUGCUGUCCACAGCAACUAGGCCUUAUUAGCAUCUAAGUUUUACGGUUUGUCAUAAAGGCUUCAUAUGAUCCCAGGAAGGUGCCUUAACUAAUCAGUAACUUGCAUAAGAAUCUGCACGGUUCUUUAGGGGAACCAAAGUUCUCAUACAAGGUACAAGUGAAAGAAUGUCUUGGAUUUUGUUUUGCUUCCUUCCACAAAACCAUUGCUGAAAGGAAAUACCAUCUUUGAUAUUUCUUUUUCAUUUAUCAUUGUAAUACACAAGAACCCAAAUGGACAGCAGCUGUGUUUAAUUUGUAUUAUCUAUUCUUCCAGUUGAUUGUCUGAAACAUAUUGAUUUCACCGAUGUUUAUGUUAUUCUGCUUUGCUUGGACGUAGUUGACCAAUGAAAUUUUUAAACACGUGCAUUUUUAAAUAACUGCAGAAUCUGAUAUGGCAGCUCUGUGCAUUCUAAUUGACACCAAUUCUGUCCUUGCCUGGAACAUGCCAAAUUGCGUAUCUGAAACAUACAUUAAAAAAAAUUAAGCAGGGAUUUUUGUUUCUUUAGUUCUUGAUGAACAGGUUUAAAUGACUGUAGUUUUAUUAUGCAAUUUCAUUACAAAAUAAAAUAUAUUCCUUGUUGUCCCUGAAAUGGAAGGGUCAUUUCAAUAUUUUCUUUUGUUGUUGUUGGGUAAUAAUUAUAAAUUGUAUGUGAUGACGAUUACCUUUGCAUUUGUUUAGCAUAUGGUUGGGCUAACCUGUGGCCCUCCAGAUGUUGUUAAGCUACAACUCCCCUUAGUCCUUGCCAUUGUGGCCUAGGUCAGGGAUGAUGGAUGUUGUAGUCCAGCUAUGUUUGGAGGGCCCCAUGUUAGCCACCCUUGGUUUAGAAAAUCUGAAUUGUUGGUAUAACCAAAUUAUUUAUAGAUUUCUUUCUCUUUAAAACAUUUCUAAGCAUGAAUCUGAGAUUCUUCCCUUCCCCAACUCAGAAAAAAACUUCAGCCUCCCUGAAGAAAUUAUUCAAGAGGUAAAAGAAGGUGAGACCCAAAAGCAGUCUUAGUAAUAACAACAUUACUUACUAUUUAUAUACCACAGGCAAGAUUUUAUUCUAGGACUUCCUCUUUCAUGACCCAGUCUCUUACAGUAUACUCUGAUGCCUUUUUACUCAAUGGUAAGUCCUGUUGUGUUUAGUGGGGCUGCCUUCCCAACAAGGAUGCAUAGGAUUUUUUAAAGAAAUAUAUCCCAUUCGGUUUAAAGGGAUGUAGCCUUGAGGAAGUGUACAUACCCUCCAGAUGUUGCUUGAGUACAACUGCCAUCAUGUCCUAUUGUGUUAUUAUUAUGAUUUGUUGUUUGUGAGCUGCUUUGGCAUUCAUUUGAAUGAAAAGCAGCAGAGAAGUAUAAUAAAUCGAAUCAUCAUUGGCCAUGCUGGCAGGAGAUGCUGGGGGUUGUAGCGAAGCAACAUCAGGGGUUGGCUAGCCUGUAGUGUAUAGGAUUGCAGCCUAAACCACUACACUGGAUGAUGAUGAUGAUGAUGAUGAUAUUUAUAUACCACCCUUCAUCAAAAGAUUACAGGGCGGUUUAGAAUAUAAAAACACAAAAAUACAUGUCAUAGUAACAAACAAAAAUACCCCCCCAAUAGAGUUUAAAAGGCUAGAGAUUGUUUAAUUAGCCAAAAGCCUGGAUGAAGUCUCUGAAGAUGUUCAAAUCUGGAUUGCUUUUUAAUGCUUCUAUUUAAGAAAACUGGAAAGCAGACACAAAUGUAUUCAAAAGCCUGAUUACAACAUUUGAACAAUUUUGAUUGGUGCUUUAGUAAGCAGGAAAAGAAUAAUGAGACCGAAUACUGAUGGAAUCUGGACUGAAUUUGGGUUGUGGGUGUUCACAUUUUUAAGGAAAUGAUUCAACUGAUAUCAGUUGGGUAUGGCUAGGUUUUAAAAUAUUUUUAAAGCUCCCCCCACUUUUUCUUUUUCUUUUGUACUCUUGUCUUUUCAGUAGUGGAGCAAUUCCAGAACUGUCUGUUGGGAAGAGCAUUCUGUUUAAAAUUAAAGAAAAACAAAAUGCAAUCGUUUGCAGAUAUAUAUUAACAAAGCAGUCCAAGCCCCCUUUAUGUCAGUUUGAGCGGGUGGUUCAGUUGAGUAGAGGGGCCCUUCACUCCAGCUGCUGAGUCAGCCAGCUGCAGAACAGGCAGGUGGGAGGUCACUGGCAGAAUCCUCACCAGCGUAGGCCAGUAGAAAGCCCUGAUUUAGGAUAUUUUGAGAGCAGGGAGGGAAUUUGGCCCAAACAGCCCCAGGAUCUCCUAGAUCCUGAGACAGUCUCACUGCUGUCACCCAAUGGCAUUAGGCCUGAUCUGGAACCUGGAGCUGGUAUGGGGAUUUCAAGAAAAAACAACAAUAAUUGUUGCUACGAGCAGCUGGGCUACAGAUGUAGCAGAGCUAUGCUUCUCUACACAUUCCUGCCAACAAGGGGUUGAGGUUUGGAUUGCACUCAAAAAUCAGUAGCCUUUACACCUCAUUUGCAGGGGUAAUUUUUAAGUGCUUGGAAUGGUUGAGGUGGAUGUACUCUCAAUAUGAAAUAUAUUGCAUAUUUAUAUUCACAAGUUUCAAAAGGAAACACCAUCUGUGCUUAGAUGAUAGCUCCCUUAUCAUUUCUUUGCAUUUUUCUACUUCAGUUGCUGUUGUCAGCUUACUGCUUGAAACAAUCUAGUUUUGCUUCCUAAGUGAUUUAAAAUAGCCUUAUUGGGAGCCGGGGGCUGUUGGCAAUGACUGAUCCCUUUAAUUCAGUGCAUAUUGCUGCCAUGAGCAUGCCUGGAGAAGUAAAGAGGAAAUUGAAUUUGAAUCAGUGCCAUCUUCACCAUCACUCCACUCAUAAUCAUUCCCACAGGUAAAGUGAUGAUUGAAGAUGAUGUGAAAGAAGAGAUAAAGGAAGAGAUGGAAUCGCACGCAGGUCCUGAAGAAGGUAUGAGUUAUUCAUUUUAGCAUAUGAAAAUGAUGUGUCAUCCAUAGGCCUGGUUCGCUCAUCACUCUUAAGCCAUAGUUUGUUUUGAUCUCUGGUUUAAUCACAAAUGUUCCUUCCUACCGUCACCCUGGGCAACUGCACUGAUCUCCAGCACACUGCUUUUUGUCACUAUAACUCAGAUUGUGACUUGUUUUGUUUCAAACAAACCACAAGUGGCAAGGUAGAAAUAAGCCAAGGGUUUAUUUCUUGGCUUAUUUCUAGUUGAAAUCUGGGGUGGAGAGUCAUUCAUAAUUAAACCAAUUUAAACAAACUAAUGGGGCCACAGUGUUCUGGAACCUGAUUUUCAGCCACGUCACAUGUGGGUCCUGGUUCCAGCUACCAUAUUCUAACAAGGUAGGAUAGUACAGAGAAAAUUGCCGCUACUGGAUUGUGAAAUAUAGCCGGUUCCUCUACAGUUGGGUUAGUUCUAAAUCAGAAGUGGGGAGAAAAGAGGUCCACAUUCUGAUUCUCACAAGAAUGAGUUCCGAAUUGUGUUUUUAUGUUUUUUCUUGUUUUGUUUUAUGCUGGCUGUAAUGUAUGUGUUAUUUAUUUAUUUUUGUUAAGUCACCUUGAGUUACUUUUGUAGGAAAAGGUGCCAAGUAAACUUAAUUAAUAAUAAUAAUUUGGCAUGAUCUUUUUUGUCUUGGGCCUGCUGUUUUGAUUGGCAGUGUCUUUAUGGUUUGUGGGGGUCAGGGGUGCCCAUGUGCCGGAUACCCGAGAACCUUCUUGAAAGCACCUUGAAGAUAAUUCCCUUCAUUCUUUUGGAAAGGUUCAGGUGCACUUCUAAUAGUCACAGAGCUAAGGAUUUCUGCAAAUGCAUUGCCACAACCAGUGAACAUAUAUUGAAACAGCGCAUUUGGUUUUUGGAAGUGCUCCUUCAGUUUUGUUCCAUCUAUGCUUUCAUGAUUCUUUAUUUUUUAUUUCAUAAAAUUUAUAUACCACAUAAUUGUAAGGGAAAGCAUCAAAGUGGUUUGCAAAAAUGUGAUCAUGAGACUCCUGGGAGCAUCCCCAGUUCUUUCAGAAGUGUUCAGAAUAUUGUUCCAAGGCAACCCCAAGAUCAGGGGCUGAGAGGUAUUUUCAUGGGGCAGACAAACUCCAGAUCAGACCUUUAAUAUUUUGUUUUGUAGCUUUAAUCAGGGGCAUUUUUCUAUUAGAAUUUCUGCCCAUAUAAUUAAAGUGAGUUGAGUGUGCUUCUGCAAAGAGCUUGUAUUUCCUUUUUAAAAAAAGUUGGCCCACCUGACCAUUGGGCAGGACUCGCAUGCACCUGACUCUGCCUUGGAUCAUGGCCAUAAUGCGAUGGAUGCCAUUUGAUGCAUAAUCUUUCAUUUAAUUCUCUUUCAGUAUAUGCAUCUAUGGGAAGCCUGGCCAAAGCAUCUGAGAAACCAAGCAGUAAGGAGAAAGAGAGAAGCUCGUCUGAAUCUGGAUCAAAAGAAGGAGCAGAUAAGAGAAAGCGGAACAGAGUCACUGAGAAGGUUUUGAAUGCAAAUAGCAAUCCUUCCAGUCCAAGUGCUGCAAAACGGCGCAGAACAUAAGCAAUGGCUGAGCAAGGCAUAAGCAUGUUUGAACAGUGGAGCCUAGGCAGCAAGGAGAUUUUAGAGUCUAGUUAGCACAAUGGGGUGGAAAUGAGAGAUAAAUGCCUGGGCUAUUGGUUAGCAUAGAGCGGCGGAAAGGAGCUGAACAGUAUCUUUAGCCUUACAACUUUGGGAUGCAUGGGAAGCUGGCAGCCUUAAGAACGUGUGUUUACUGAAAAAGUCAGGAUGUGGCUUUUUUUUUUUUACAUACCAGUUGCACACUCUUGAAUGGGAUUCACCUAACCAGCCCCAUUAGGGGAAGCCCAGCACAAGGGCUGCUUACACAGUGGGACUUUUCCCGCUCUCCUUCCUUCACAUGCCUUCCAAAAUGAGAACCCAGUUUCUUGUUUGCGAGGAGUUGGGGGGAUCAUUCCAUCAGGCAAGCUGUAAUUCUUGCGGAGACAGAAUGAUUGGAAGAACGCAACAUUGAAUUCCAGUCUACGUAUUAAACAUCCCUCUUGGGACAACCAUUCAUGGAAACACAGGACCAUGGUUCUUGAAUGGCUGGUUUCAACCUUGGGUGAUGUUUGUAUCUUGAGCUGCAGCUGCUAAUUUUAGUGACGUAAUAAGUGUCUUAAGUCGGUUACUGUUCUGUGAGAAUUAGUUCCAAAUGCCACUGGUUCUGGCUGAAUAAGCAUGCAAAAAAUACACACCGCCUGCAAAAUGAAGAAGGAGCAUUCUUUGCUUAAAUUAUGAUCAGCUUUGCCUCUUCCAAACUGGAGGUGUACAUUUAUUUUUUCAGAUUGCCGAAGCAGAACAAAGGUCAUUAAACAUCUUAAAACCAGGAUGA